AGGGACGCCCCCGAGCCUCAGCGCAUCUCGGCUCCGCCCGCCGUCAGCCGCAGCCCGCACCCCGGGCCUCGGCCCGCCGCCAGCAGGAAGUGCCCGGAACUCACCCCGCGCGGGCCGCGGCCACACUGCGCGGGAUCCCAGGGCCCUCGUAGCCGCCGCCCCCAGGACAUGCGGUCGGACCCCGGCGGCGGCCAGGCGCGGGGCCGCCGGGGGCUGCGGCAGGGGCGCCGGGGCGGGGCGCCGGGGGCUGCGGCAGGGGCGUAGUGGCGGGCGCAGGCCCGGGCCGCCCCACCUGGGCCGCGUCUCACCUGUGCGCCGCGGGCUCUGGAGGCAGCGCCGAGCAGCCGGUUGGUUCCGACUUAGCCUAAGCGGCCGCGCGGCCUUACUUCCUUCUCCGGGAACCAGUCGCUGCCGGCUGGAGGCUGGAAGCUGCUCUGGCGCGAUCCCAGUGCGCUGUUUGUCGCGCCUCAGGUCCCCGGGGGCGCCCGGAGAGGGCCGCCACCCGCCUCUCCGCGCCACGGUCCCACCCCCCGCCGCUGCCCGGGCAGCCGGCCGCCACCCGAAGCGUUCCCGGGACCUGCACUGCGCUGCGUGCAGUCUCCCAGCCAACGAAUGUGGGGCCGGCCCGUGGUGGCCUGGACGCUGGGGCUCAACCUGGUGGGCCUACUCUGAAGCCAUGCCCAAGGUCAACCUGAACGUGGCCCUCACUCCUUAAAACCGUCUGCUUCCUGUUACUGCUUUACUUUAAAGACCAACGCUCCUUAAAGCGGGUUAAUCCCCAGCCCUCAAUCCCUGUUCCUCUGCAGAGACAUGCCUCAUCCAUUUUAUUGUUGAAGUUGUUCUUCAAAUACUAUUUCCUAAGAAAACCCCUCUUGGUCUGUAAGGCUUGUAGCACUUGUCUUCCUCUUUCCUAGUUCCUUUAAGGAUGUGCAAUGUGUGUGAUUUUAAUGUGUACACCGAGGUCCAUGAAAGCAGGGGUCGUGGCUGCUUGACUCCGCGUGGUUAUUAUCUACAUUCGCACCGUGCAAACACGUAGUAGUUCAGAUGGUGAAUGAAUGAAGAACAGCUUGAGCUGUUUCUCUGCUUCCUACAUGUCAUGAACUGAGCAGCUUUCUUCUGCCAAGCCCUUCCACCAUGAUGGUCUUCCUUCUACCCAGAGUUAUGGAGUUAACUGACCUUGGACUGACUCUGAAACCCCUCAUCAGAUGAAGAUCCAGUUUCAGACAUGAGACUCACUGGGUAAUGACUUAAUUGAGAUCAACUCAAAUGACCAGGUAUCAAAUGCAAGAGGAAUGUGCUAUGACUGAGGCAACUCAAAUUUUCUUAUUAUGCUCUUCUUUUGAUUCUACAAAAGAAACUAUGUCUCCGGUAGCCCCUAAAUCUCAGGAGUCCAGUCAGUUAUCAAAAAAACUCAUGCUUGAAAAACAGCAGGAAGAAGCAGAAUGGGAAAAUAUAAAUGUGCUGUUGAUGAAGCAUGGCUUAAAAUCUUUGUGCUUAGUCAAAAGACCAGAUAUUAAAGAUCUCAUCCUUUUUGACAAACAAUCAUCACAGAGGAUGAGACAGAAUUUGAAAACGUUGAUGGAAGAAACGGCACGUCAACAGAACAUGAUACAGGAGCUUAUAGAACAUAACCAGCAGCUUAAAAAUGAACUUCAGCUAGAACAAAACCGAGCAGCCCAUCAAGAACAGCGAGCUAAUGAGUUGGAACAAAUAAUGGAGAGUGUGAAAGCCAAAAUUGGUGAAUUGGAGGAUGAAUCCCUAAAUAGGGUUUGCCAGCAACAAACUAAAAUUAAAGAUCUUCAAAAGGAGCAGAAAACUUUACAGGUGAAAUGCCAACAUUACAAGAAAAAACGAAUGGAACAACAAGAGGUUAUUGCUUCUUUGCAAAAGGAUAUCUGUAGAUUUACAAAGGAGGAAGAAGAGCGCAUCAUCACUCAAAACAGAGUGUUUGCUUAUCUCUGCAGAAGAGUUCCUCACACCGUCCUGGAUAGACAGUUGCUUUGCCUAAUUGACUACUAUGAAUCUAAAAUAAGAAAAAUCUAUACACAAAGGCAAUAUAAAGAAGAUGAAAGUCAGUCAGAAGAAGAAAAAGACUAUCGAAAUAUGGGUGCAUCACCGACUUAUAAAUGCCUUCUAGUGUCAUUACAGAAUCAACUCAAGGAUGCCAAGUCCAAGAUUGAUGCACUUACAAGUGAAAAACUGAAACUCCAGAAAGAUUUGGAAAGCAGGCCCACACAAGAGGAUUUAAAACUUCAAAAACAACAAGUGAAGAAACUGGAGAAAGCCCUUAAGAAAAAAAUCAAAUUACAGGAGCUUAUCAGUACAAACACUGAGGAUACAGAGAAAAAAGAUGAACCCAGCAAAGAAGACCAUCAACGGGCCCUAAUUGACCAGAGAUACUUUCAGGUGCUGUGUAGCAUCAAUUCAAUUAUUCACAAUCCAAGAACUCCAGUAAUAAUUUAUAAACAGAGCAAAGGAGGAGCCCAAAAUUUUAGCAAAGAUCUCAUUCAUGAUUGUGGAUUUGAGCAUCUUGUUCCUAUAAUAGAAAUGUGGGCAGAUGAACUGACAUCCCUAAAGGAUUUGUAUAAGUCCUUGAAAAUACUAUCUACAGAAGUGGUGCCUUGGCAUAAUUUAAAGAAACAGGAUGAAAAUGAAGGUAUUAAAGUUGAAGAUCUGUUGUUUAUGGUGGAUACAAUGUUGGAAGAAAUUGAAAAUAAGGAAAAGGACAGCAAAAUGCCAAACUUUCAAACUUUGCAAGCUAUUGUCUCUCACUUCCAAAAGUUAUUUGAUGUGCCUUCUUUAAAUGGAGUCUAUCCCCGAAUGAAUGAAGUUUAUACUAGACUUGGAGAAAUGAACACCGCUGUGAGAAACCUCCAGGAACUCUUAGAAUUAGAUAGUUCAUCCUCAUUGUAUGUGCUGGUAAGCACAGUUGAAAAAUUGUGUAGGCUGAUUAAUGAGGAUAUGAAUGAGCAGGUUAAGCAAGUGUUAGGACCUGAAGACUUCCAAAGCAUUAUCAACAAAUUGGAAGAACAUGAGGAAUUCUUCCCAGCAUUUCAGGCAUUUACUAAUGAUCUACUUGAAAUCUUAGAAAUUGAUGACUUGGAUGCCAUUGUACCUGCAGUAAAGAAAUUAAAAGUACUUUCUUACUGAAAACAAAUCAAAUCAUUUUUUGCUGUGUAAAUUGCAUUCUUAACAUUCUAAGUAUUUUGUAGAAUUGAUCUUAUUUUGUGAUAAGGGUUAUAAAAUGUAUUUGUUCUCAGAAAUCAUCUUAAUAUUGGGUCAUUCUCCAAUACUAAGAUUCUUUUAUAGAAAAGAACUGCUAAGUUAUUAAAGUAGUAACUUAACUUGAGAUCCUUUAAUCACUUCUUAAUAAUUCUGGAGUGCUUAAAAUUUAAGGUUAUUUUAAGGUAGAGUUUUUAAGUAAAAGACCCAGCGAGAGAGAGAGAAUUGCAAAUAGAAAAGUUGCAGUGAAGUUGAAGGUUUAAUGACCUUUGUGUCAGGGCAAAAGGAAUGCCCCUUGCUUUCUAAGUCCAGCCAGUAGCAAGCUACUACUUUCCUGGCAAGGAUUAAUUUGCACAUUUUACUAAGAUAUCCCUCAUGGUAGUUGCCCUUUCAAAGCUGGGGAAAGAAAAGGAAGAAAAAAAGGUUUAAUCUUAGUGUUAGAAUAGGAAGUAAAUCAUAGGGGUAAGAUAAAAUAGAUGAGUAAAUAGAAGUCCCUCAUUUUAAAUGUCUUUUUUUUUUUUUUUUUGCAA